UUGAGUUUGUUUUUGUAUUCUAGACAACAUGACAACAUUUUAUCUGACAAAUGCAGUCUUUAUCCCUCAUGACACUUGAUAUGACUGUUUACAACUACCAGAAAAAGGUGUUACCGUAGCUCUUGUUUAUCAACACAAUAGUUGCUAGAUGAUUUAACUUCAACCCACAUCCCUGGAGAAUUCGGGCCAGUGUUGAUUUUUACUAUAAAGGUUGUCCUAGCUAGGGACAGAAGGAGGAGGACACUGGGCAAGGGUCGUGAUCGACAUCAAUGCACCUUUUAGAGACAAACAUAUUGAUACCAUAAUCGGUUAUAGUUAUUUUACAAUAGUUAUUGUUGGGUAAUUGUUAUUAAAGGAUUACAGUAAGACCACCUUCUCACUUUUAUUUCAGAUUCUGCUGACAUUCUUUAUCUGUAGUAGUAAAAAGAUUUGUGUCUUACGAUGGUCAAUGUUGGUACUGACAAAUUACUACAUGGCUUUAUUUAAUGUUUGCGUUGACAACUUUCUGAUUGACAUUGCUUUACAUUUUUAUCCUCUUUCUAAAACAGGAAAUACAAUGCUGAAUACAAGCCAGGGCAGUGAGGGAAGUCUUGUUCUUCCGACUGUGCAAUACCAAAGACCUCUGAAUGACAAAGUGAUGAUAGUCCAAGUGUUUAUUGGCAUCUUCCUCUGCAUCAACUCCCUCAUGAUCUUCACCUUCUUUAAAAAAAGAGGCCUUCUUCACCAACACACGAUACAUAUUCUUUGCUCACACGCUGGUCUGUGACAGUAUGUUUCUGGCUCUGACUGAUGUAUUGCUGCUGAUGAGCUACUCCAGGGUACCAAUGCCAGGUGGGCUAUGUAUAUUUCUGGUUGUGAUCUUUGCCACACCGCUGACACUGACAGCCAUGAGCCUGGAGCGCUAUGUGGCAAUCUGCCUGCCCUUGCGCCACAGUGAACUCUCCACCCCAGUGAGGGCCAUGCGCUGCAUCCUACUCAUCCAGGUUCUCAGCUCUGUUAAAUGGAUCAUCGUGAUCUCCAUCCUCUUCUCGGCUGUACCUCUGAGCUUCUACACCUCUCCUCUAGUCUGCAGUUUUGAGCAGAUGAUAGUGUUUUCCUGGCAGGGCCACCUCAACUCGGCUCUGUGUCAGUUCUACUUCCUGGUCAAGUCUGUACUCAUAGCUUUCACCUAUGUGAAGAUCAUGGUGGCUGCCAGAGCUGCCUCAUCAGACAGUAAGAAGUCCACCAAUAAGGGCCUGAGGACAGUUAUUCUCCAUGGCUUCCAGUUACUCCUUUGUUUGAUCCAGUUAUGGUGUCCUAUGAUAGAAUCGGCUAUAAUGAAGAUACAUUUGAAUCUGUUUAUUCAGCUUAGGUAUAUUGACUAUAUUCUUUUUAUUCUUGCCCCUCGAUGUCUGAGUCGACUUGUGUAUGGAUUAAGGGAUAAGGAUUUUGUGGUGGUUAUGAAAUAUUAUGCCCUGUUUGGAUAUUCUAAAAAAGUAUUUAUAUUUAAUAUGGACAAGCCUAAUCCUAAAUUAAGAAGAAAAACUCCCAUGCACACCUGUAAGGUAAAUGCUGGCCAUGUGUAA